UGAGGCGCUAAUUGACGCACUCCGUUACAUGCUCUCAUCUUCAACUUGGAGAGCACGCAGUAUCGUUCCAAGUCGCGAUUGAUCGACAUUAUUUGGAUGGUGACGCAGGAUGAAAGUUGCUAGUGUCGUGCUGGUCAUAGCGGGCUUCGCUCAAAACACCCAGUGUUUUUUCCCUUUGUUUUUCCCCGGGCCGAUCAUCUAUCCCAAAACCACCACCGAAGCACCAAAACCGACGGAACCUCCACCGCCGCCGCCAAAGAAGACGAUAAUCCACCACUACGUGCCGCAGAAGCACCAUUAUCAUUACUACCAGCCGCACUACGUCAGUUAUCAUCACAGUGAUGAGAGUAAUUCAGUGGAGGAGUACACGGAGGAGGUCACUGAACCUACCACUACCCCCAAGCCCACCACCACCACAACCACAACCCCGGAGCCAACCACAAAGAAGCACCACUACUACCGCCUCGUGUACCCAAAGCCUCCGCCUAUCUAUCACCCUCUUGCUUAUCUUAAGCACCAUUUUGGCGGCUAUAACCAUCCUCCUCCUGUGCACUACCUCCCUCCUUUCCACCCUCACGAGUAUCCUGCGGCCCGACACCAGGUAGAAACGUUCGUGCCUGAACCUGACGAAUUCGACGGUGAGGGAUACCCAGUGGAGAAGCCAACUGAACCACCACCACCGCCACCACCGCCACCACCGACCACUACCCCGGUGCCAACCACAACCGCUGCACCAGAGCCAACGACCAAGAAGCACCGCUACCACACCUACGUGCGCCCCAAACACCCGCCUUCCUACUCUCGGUACCACGGUGGUUACGAAGGGCCGCGAGUGCGUUACUACCCUGCCAGUUACCCAAAGCGCCCGGUGGAGCCACCUACCCCACCUCAAUCAGGCGAAAGCGAUAGCGACGCCUCCCCUCCUUCAAUGAAAUCGCCUUCUCCUCCACCUACACCGAUAGGCACCGAGGAGCCCUUUCAUGAGCCAGUUUACAAAUCUAGACUAAACCAGAGGAGGCCACCUUCGCCAGGUCAACCCUAUCCGGACCAGUUCCAAAAUCCAAUGCUACAGCGACCGUCCGAACCGAGCGAGCCGCCAGUUUACAGGCUGAACAAAUCUCCGGGACGGACACCUGCGCCUCCUCCGGCACUCUUCGCACCAGACGUGGUCGUGUCUACGCCUGCUGUCGUGCCUGAGGUCUCGACGCCCACCUCUGUGGACGUUGAAGUCGAAAAAUCUGUCCAACUCCCAGUUUCUAGUGUGAAAAAUUUGGCACCGCCGGUGAGAGUGGAUGGAUCGAAAUACGAGUAUUGGAACAGACGUGACUCCACUCAAAAUCCAAAUUUGGAAUCAGAUUUUGACUCUGCCAGUUUUAAUUUGAUUAGAGAAAUGAUUGCGAACAGCACUAGAACACCUUCUUGAUUAUUUAAAUUAUUUUUUGAUUAAAAUGUAAAUAUUGUAAAACGGCUUUGUUUGUUUGUUUGCGAGGAAAUAAAAUUGCAACAAAUAAGA